GCUGUGGCAUUUUGACAUUGAGAAUUCUAUUAGUGAUACCCUGCUUUGUGAGAUACUUGAAACAUCGCUCACGUUUCUGUGCGGUUGGAACGAGCAAAUAAUUCGCUUAAAUUUCUUUCCCAUUCCAGACAUUUUCAGCAAUCCUAACAUUCAUCAAGGGCGAAGAGGAAGUGGAUUUGUGCACGUGCGCGAGAGUAUUUAUGUACGCUUUCUGAGCCGUUUCCCGUCAGAGAGGUGAUUUGGCGGACACUCGCGCACUUCUUCAAAGGGAGCAUUCAUCAAAUAUCAUCUUGAGUAAUUCUCCUUACAGAGUGGGUAAUUUUGAUCAAGCACGCACAAAAUACAUCAGUGCAGUAAGGCCAACUUAAAAAUAUCAACCAGAUAAAAAAAGGCUGACGCUAACGGAGUGCCUGCUAAUUCACGUGGUCAAGAGUUUAAAAUAAGCAUAUAAGCCAAGUUACGGCAUCAACCAUAAACAGACCUCUACCGAUUCGGAAGCAAGAACCGUCCAGAUUUUCCCGGCAUAGAAAAACUUCGGAAGAAGCGACAGAUCCCGUAACUUUUACAUUAGCACAAAAUGAAGACAAGAGUUGCUUUCCUUGCGUUUGUGGCUGUUUUCAGCUUAUUCAUUCUUAAUGUUGAUGCUUUCUGCAAUAGGUCACGACCGAAGAUCGACUUGACACCUUAUGGUGCAUUUCCCUACUGCGAGUACAAAGGGAUAGGGCUCCGUCCUGGGUCAGUGAUAUAUACCAAAGACUGCAUGCGCUGCGAGUGCUUCAGGACCGGGCUAUCCUGUUGCGGGCAGGGUCUGAAGGCCGGGGUGAUAGCGGGGCCGCCAGGGCUCAAAGCAGUCAGCGUAAACUGCAAGAUCCAGUGGGUACCUGAUGAGGUCGGCACUGCGGGUCUGUCGGAGAAAGAACCAAGCAGUGAAAUCCCCUCCGUGUUGGUGGGGUAAUCAGCAACAGCAGCGGCGGCAGCAACAGCGGCGGCAGCAGCUCUUGACUUGAUUUCCACUUUUAUUCUGUGAAUGAAUCUAUUAUAUAGCACUAUGACGUCGUCCAGGUCCAAUGUCACAGUUAUAAACUAGUGAACAUUUUUGUUCGAAAAUGGGGAUUCUUGGUCUGUAUUUCCACAAAUGAAUAAAAUACCGGUGUUAUUACGGCCGGCGCACGCUAUGAGUUACGAGCUGAGCGAAUGUUCUCGUGAGCUUAGCAAUUUGACUGGUUGUUAUCAUUUUUUCCUCAGGGAAUAUCGAGCGUGUUUUGUAUCUCAAGUCAGCGCACACUUUCAAUGCUGUAUCAAAUUUGAUUUUAGGUAGAUGGCUGAGCUUGGAUCUCGUAGUGUGCGCCGGACGUUAAUUCGUGGCCUCUUUCAACACGUGUUUGAAGGUCUUCAACUAAUUAUAGCGACAGAUGGAGUUAUCAAACAUGUUUUUUCCUGGCAUUAAGUGAAAAAUACUCGUUCCAGGGGUUACAAACUCUGCAUUUCUCUACGUGCCUAGAUUUAGUGCACAGUGUAUAUUGACUUUCAUAGUUAUUUAAAAUAACUGCUGAAUUGCUAUUAUCUACCGGUACUAUUAUUAAUUAAUUAAUUUAUUUAUUUCGAAAAAAGUCUAGCAAGCAUAUAAUGUGGGGACAUAUUUAGUGUUGGUGGCCUUUAAGUUCCCACAGAAAACCGACGUUAAAAUCGGUGUUAUAAUGUGUGACAAGAUGAUGACUUGAUAAAAAACUGUACAUUUAAUAUUAUGAUGUUUAGCAUCCGCAGGAUCCAUAUUGUUAAAGACAGAGGAGAUCGAAGCACUUAGUGUUCCACUGUCCGUCUCAUUCACGAGUGCAUUCAUAUUUUCAUAUACUUAAAACGGAUACCUGGGUAGGCUUUGGUCAACAAUCAUUAUGGUGAUAUGUGUGCCUAUAGCAUUCUAGAUGGUAUCCACCUUUACUAAUUAUAUGACAAUAUUUCAAAAUGGUAUUAAAUACAGUUCUUGAUGUACGUGCAUCAUGUAUUUCAAUCUAGGUUUGCAAUUGCGUCACGCAAAAAUUCUUUUGUUGCCCCUGUCAUGAUUUUUGAAAGGGGUGGUGAUGAAUCUUGUUUUUUUUUGUGUUGUAAAUAUGAGUGGAAGAGGGAAGUGCGUUAUAGAAUGAUAAACAUAUCAUUUGUAAUAAAGGCUUUCGUAUUA